ACUCUAAAUAGGACACACAGACAGACAUAAUUGUAAGGAGUGCAGAAAAAAAUUGGCGAGUAGGAUAUUAAACAUAAAGCUUUUAUAAAUAUGGCCGAGGAAAAGGCUAAAGGCGGGAUGGAUGAUAGUGCAUUUGAAUCCCUUGAAAAGGACUUUAAAGAGGUUCUUGAACAACUGAAAGGGGACAAAACACUUGACAAGUUUCGACAAGAAUAUGAAAAGCUUCAUAAAGCCCUGAAGAAGAGUCAUGAGAGUGAGAAACGUUUAAUGCAAAAAACAAGGGAGUUAAAUGCUGAAAUCACAGCCAACUCAGCCAAGGUUGCUACAGCAUUAAAACUGUCUCAAGAAGACCAGAACCAAAUCCAAUCAUUAAAGAAAGAAAUUGAGAAGGCAUGGAAAACUCGGGAUGCUGCGUAUGAAAAGGAAACAAGGGCAAGAGAAACAAUUCAACAACUAAAAAUGGAGAUUGCUAACUUAAGUAAGCUCGUGGAGCAGGGAGCUGGACUUACUAUGGGACAAGAACAUAGUGUCAAUGAACUCUUAAAAAUGAAGGAGGAAUUAACAAAGGAGAGAGAUGAGCAACUGAAUGAGAUCGUCAAACUACGAGAGUCAUUGGCGCAAGCUGCCUCACAGCAGCAGAAGCUGGAGUCAGAUAAGAAGGAAUGUGAGGAAAAAAUACAAGAGCUUAACCAAGAGAUCCAAGUUAAAAACAAUGAAGCUCAGAGAGAGAGCAGAAAGAAGGAUAAGAUGGAGAGAGAGCUGAAGCAAGCAAAGGCUGAUCUGGAUGCCAAGACUGGGGAGAUCAAGAAUCUACAGGGCCGUAUAGAGAAUUACAAAAGUGACAUCACUAAACUGGAGCAGCAGAUGAAAGAACAGAAGAUUUUGAAUGAGAGAACCAUAAAGGAUGCUGACAUUUUACAUACCAGAUUUGCCAAGCUUCAGUCAGACUUUGAAGCACAGUUGAUAACUACAGAUCAGCUGACUGCGGAGAACCAAGCCCGAGUCACUGAGCUGAAGCAAAAAGAAGAUGAAGUGAACCAGCUCAAACAGGAGACACAACGGCUCAACAAAAUGAGAGAGACAAUUCAGAGGAAACUUCGGCAAGUGGAGGAAAAUAAGUCAGAUGUAGAACAGCAGAGGGAAACUCUCAAGAGUCAAAUUAUUGGUUUGGAGAGAGAGUUGGAGGCAGCCAAGAAACAAGCUGAGGCUGAUAAGAAAACAAUUGAUGAUAGAACAAGGGAGCGUGACAUCCUACAAAAGAGCAUGUUAAAAGCAGCCAGUGCCACUCAAAAGCAGAUCCAUCUUGUUCGGCUCCAUGAGCAGUCAAAGAAGAACCUUGAACAAGACAUACAGAAUUACAGAGAGGAGGCCCAGAAACAGAGGAAGAUCAUCUACCAGCUGGAGAAGGAGAGAGAUCGCUACAUUAAUGAGGCCAGCGAUCUUACUCAGAGGGUUCUCUCACAUAUGGAAGAUGUAAAAGUUCGUGAGAUGCAGAUUUUCGACUACAAGAAGAAAAUUGCUGAGGCUGACACCAAACUCAGGCAGCAGCAGAACUUGUAUGAGGCUGUUAGGAGUGACAGGAACUUGUACAGCAAGAACCUCAUUGAGUCUCAGGAUGAGAUCACUGAGAUGAAGAGGAAGCUGAAAAUCAUGAACCACCAGAUUGAUCAGCUGAAGGAGGAAAUUCAGGCUAAAGAAAACGCUCUCCUCAAGGAACACUUUGAGCACCAGAGAGUAGAGAAGGACAAGGAGAACCUUAAAUCUGAGCUGAACCGCCUCAAACAGCAGGCUCAGGAGAGCAAGGCUUAUAUAGAGGCUCAGGAAGCUGAGGAGAGAAAGCUGCUGAAGAUCAUCGCUGAGGCUGAUGCUGAGAGAGUCAGACAGAAGAAGGAACUGGAUCAGGUGAUUAGUGAGAGAGAUAUUUUAGGAACCCAGCUCGUGAGACGAAACGAUGAGUUGGCUCUUCUGUAUGAGAAGAUAAAGAUACAACAGUCCACACUGAACAAGGGAGAGAUACAGUACAACCAGAGACUGGAGGAUAUCAGAGUACUGAAGCUGGAAAUCAAGAAACUCCGACGGGCAAAUGCCAUCCUAGAGAAGAGAGUAGCCAAUGUGAAAGACCUCAGACUUGAAGUCUACCACAUUCAGAGGGAAUUACUGAGGGAAAGAACAAGAUGCAAGGCUCUUGAGGAAGAGUUGGAAAAUCCAAUGAACAUUCACAGAUGGAGAAAGCUGGAGGGUAGUGAUCCAAGCACCUAUGAGAUGAUCCAGAAGAUUCAAACUCUGCAGAAGCGAUUGAUCUCCAAGACAGAGGAGGUAGUGGAAAAGGAGCUACUGAUCCAAGAAAAGGAAAAACUAUAUCUAGAGCUGAAACACAUCCUGGCCCGACAGCCCGGCCCCGAAGUGGCAGAGCAGCUCACCAUCUACCAACAGACACUCAAAGAAAAGACCAAACAAAUGAAGUCUAUGGCCUCUGAAUUAAAUAUGUAUGAAUCCCAAGUCAACGAAUACAAAUAUGAGAUAGAGAGAAUAGCUAGAGAGCUACAGGAAGUCAAGAAGAAAUAUUUCAUGCAGAAAAAGAAAGAACAACAAACAAAAGAGAGGGAGCGGGCUUUAGCACAGGCCGGGGCCCCUGUCAUCCAACCACAGAGGACAGAUGGGCCUCGGUUCACGGGAGGAGGCUUCAACCUGAAGUCCACUAAAACAGCUGCUUAGCACUGCCAUGUAGCUAGGCAAUAUUGAACUUAUUCUAUAUGAACACUUCCUAGGAAUUUUAUUUUGGACUCUACUAUAUAGGGAAUUUUGUUUUAUUUAUACUUACGGAUCUGCUUCUAAAUUUGGUUUCCAUUUUGAAAUAUGUAUGCAUUUGUUUGAUUUCCAGCACAAAACAAAUAUUUGAAG